UAUCUGGUGAACCGUGGGCUGAAUCCUGUUCUCAGUUUGCCAUUGAAGGAGCUCGCGCUUCCUUUCCUUAUCGCAAUCUCCUUUGAGUUGCGAGUUCCUUCGAUUCACGAACCGCGAUUUCUUCUAUUUCAUCUGUAUUUCUUGCUGUUUCUUUGAUUUCUCAGACAUGGACUUGACUAUCAAGCUUCAUCAUCUUCACCUCCGCCCGAGCUUUCUCACCGGCUCACCUCUGUUGGAUUCUCGGAAGACUGUAUUUGGGGCUUGUCAGCACCAGGUUUCGAAUCGAACGGCUGUUCAACCCAUUGGAGGUAACUUCAAAAGUAUUAGAGCUAGUAGUUUGCCCAAUCCUAGAAGAGCGAAUUCUAGAGUGGAAGCAGUGGCCGUAGAAGCAUCGGUUGCGGAAACUUCGACCAAAGAUGAUAUUGAAUCUUUGUUUUCCAGCGACUCAGCGGAUGGAUUUGAAGGUAAACGUGUAUUUAAACAGUCAAAUGCUGGCGAUUCUCGAAUUUCGUCAGGUGUGAAGCUUGAAAAUGUGAGUAAGAGCUAUAAGGGAGCGACGGUAUUGAAGAACGUGAGUUGGGAAGUUAAAAAAGGUGAAAAAGUUGGUUUGGUUGGUGUAAAUGGUGCAGGGAAAACGACGCAAAUGCGGAUUAUUGCCGGUCUCGAAGAGCCUGAUUCAGGGAAUGUGAUAAAGGCGAAGGCAAAUAUGAAAAUUGCAUUUCUGAGCCAAGAAUUUGAGGUUUCGUUGAGCAGGACAGUGAAGGAGGAGUUUUUGAGUGCAUUCAAAGAGGAAAUGGAGAUAGCAACAAGGUUGGAGAAGGUUCAGAAGGCUUUGGAAACUGCAGUGGAAGAUUUGCAGUUGAUGGGUAGGCUACUGGAUGAGUUUGAUUUGCUUCAGCGGCGAGCACAAGCAGUUGACCUAGACGAAGUGGAUGUUAAGGUCAGUAAGCUGAUGCCGGAACUUGGAUUUUCUGAGGAGGACUCAGACAGGUUGGUGGCAUCUUUUAGUGGGGGGUGGCAGAUGAGAAUGUCGCUUGGGAAGAUCUUACUUCAGGAGCCUGAUUUGUUACUAUUGGAUGAGCCUACGAAUCAUCUUGAUCUUGACACUAUAGAGUGGCUUGAGGGUUAUCUCAACAAGCAGGAUGUGCCAAUGGUUAUCAUUUCACAUGACAGAGCUUUUUUGGAUCAGCUGUGUACAAAAAUAGUUGAAACUGAUAUGGGUGUAUCGAGAACAUAUGAGGGAAAUUAUUCACAAUAUGUCAUUUCAAAGGCUGAAUGGAUUGAAGCUCAAAAUGCAGCGUGGGAGAAGCAGCAGAAGGAAAUUGAACACACAAAAGACUUGAUAAGUCGGCUAGGUGCUGGUGCAAAUUCCGGUCGUGCUUCCACAGCUGAAAAGAAAUUGGAGAGGCUUCAAGAAGAGGACCUUGUAGAAAAGCCAUUUCAAAGGAAACAAAUGAAGAUUAGAUUCCCUGAGCGUGGGCAGAGUGGGAGAUCUGUUGUAGCUAUAAAAAAUUUGGAAUUUGGGUUUGAAGAUAAGCAGUUGUUCAGUAAAGCAAAUCUUAUCAUUGAAAGGGGUGAGAAGAUUGCCAUUCUUGGCCCAAAUGGAUGUGGAAAAAGUACACUACUAAAAUUAAUAAUGGGUUUGGAAAAGCCAAAAGGAGGUGAAGUUCUGCUUGGGGAGCACAACGUGUUGCCUAACUAUUUUGAACAAAAUCAGGCCGAGGCACUUGAUCUGGAUAAGACAGUGCUCGAGACAGUAGAGGAAGUUGCUGAGGACUGGAGAGUUGAUGACAUAAAAGGUCUCCUCGGGCGCUGUAACUUUAAAACUGAGAUGCUCGAUAGGAAGGUUUCAUUUUUGAGCGGUGGGGAGAAGGCACGCCUUGCAUUUUGUAAGUUCAUGGUAAAACCAUCAACGUUGCUGGUGUUGGAUGAACCUACAAAUCACUUGGAUAUACCUUCGAAAGAGAUGCUCGAGGAGGCAAUAAAUGAAUACCGUGGCACUGUCAUCACUGUUUCUCAUGAUCGAUACUUCAUAAAGCAAAUUGUAAAUAGAGUCAUUGAAGUUAAAGACGGCAAUUUACAGGAUUAUGCGGGUGACUACAAUUAUUAUCUGGAAAAGAAUCUGGAUGCCAGGGAAAGAGAGCUAGAACGUGAGGCAGAGCUUGAAGGAAAGGCUCCUAAGCUUAAAGCCAAAUCCAAGAUGUCUAAGGCCGAGAAGGAAGCACGGAAGAAACAGAAGAUUCAGUCAUUUCAGCAAGCGAAAGCUAAAUCAAAAGGACAAAAGAAUUCCAAGAGAUGGAACUGAGUGAGACCUUUUAAACUCUCAUUGAACGUUAUUAUUGAAAUUAAUGAGAUGGUAAUAGAAACUAGGAAGCCUAGGAGGUAUAGCACAUUGGGAGCCAGAUUCCUCACCUUGUCUAUAAUGUAUAAAAGAAUCAUAAGCCCUUUAUUUAGAAUGCUGUAAUGGAAAAUCUUAUCCUGUUAUUUCAUGGUGUUACAAGCAUACA